AAACUCAAAUGCACACAGCAAGCAUGCAUGUAAACCACACACUUGCCACUCCGGCUGCCUCAGCGCUGCAGAGCCCCUCUCCGCUGCCUGUCCUCGGAUCCCUGGUGCACACUGGAGGGAAGUAAAACCUACCCAGACAGGAAGUGAAGCAGUUGGUGAGCUUUUCUGGUGCUCUGCACAGAUGCUGGGGCACUAAGCAAACAGCCAUCAGUUUCUGGAGCUGUUCUAAGUCCCGUGGAGUCUCCAUUGGAGCCAUUUCCUCGUCCAGGCAUCCCGAUGUUGGUGGAUGGCCCAUCUGAGUGGCCAGCCCUGCGCUUCUUGCUGUUGGCUGUGGCAAUGUGUUUCUUCCGCUCAGCUCUAUCCAUAGAUGAGGCGCAUCUGUUGUUGAAAGAAAAAAUGAUGCGGCUCGGGGGGCCGCUGGUGCUGACCACCAAGGAGGAGCAGGCCAACGAGAGGCUCAUGACGCUCAAAAUCGCUGAGAUGAAGGAGGCCAUGAAGACCCUGAUAUUCCCACCCAGCAUGCACUUUUUCCAGGCUAAGCAUCUCAUUGAGAGAAGUCAAGUGUUUAAUAUUCUAAGGAUGAUGCCAAAAGGGGCUGCCUUGCACCUCCAUGACACUGGCAUCGUGACUAUGGACUGGCUGGUGAGGAAUGUCACCUACAGGCCUCACUGCCACAUCUGUUUCACCUCGAAGGGGAUCAUGCAGUUUAGAUUUGCUCACCCAACUCCCCGUACAUCAGAAAAAUGUUCCAAGUGGAUCCUGCUGGAGGAUUAUCGGAAGCGGGUGCAGAACGUCACUGAGUUUGACGACAGCUUGUUGAGGAAUUUCACUCUGGUGACCCAGCACCCGGAGGUGAUUUACACAAACCAAAAUGUUGUCUGGUCGAGAUUUCAAACCAUCUUCUUCACCAUCUCUGGUCUCAUCCGUUAUGCACCAGUGUUCAGAGACUAUGUCUUCCGGAGCAUGCAGGAGUUCUACGAGGACAACGUGCUCUACGUGGAGAUCAGAGCCAGGCUGCUGCCGGUGUAUGAGCUCAGUGGAGAGCACCACGACGAAGAGUGGUCAGUGAAGACUUACCAGGAAGUAGCUCAGAAGUUUGUGGAAACUCACCCUGAGUUUAUUGGAAUCAAAAUCAUUUAUUCAGAUGACAGGAGGGAUUGUGCCCGUCCCCCUAGGAGGGAGCUUGCAGGAUGGGCCCACGUUCUGCUCAGAGGCUCCCUGGUGCCAGACGCCUCCCUGUCCCUCUCUGUCCUGCAGGUGGGGCAUGAGGACACUGGCCACUCCUUGCACUACUACAAGGAAGCUCUGAUGAUCCCCGCCAGGGAUGGCGUUAAGCUGCCUUUCUUCUUCCACGCCGGAGAGACAGAUUGGCAGGGCACUUCCAUAGACAAGAACAUUCUGGAUGCUCUGAUGCUGAACACUACCAGAAUCGGCCAUGGAUUUGCUUUGAGUAAACACCCCGCAGCCAGGGCUUACUCCUGGGAAAAGGACAUCCCCAUAGAAGUCUGUCCCAUCUCUAACCAGGUGCUAAAACUGGUGUCUGACUUGAGGAACCACCCUGUAGCCGCUCUGAUGGCCAUUGGGCACCCCAUGGUAAUCAGCUCUGAUGACCCAGCCAUGUUUGGUGCCAAAGGCUUGUCGUACGAUUUCUAUGAAGCCUUCAUGGGCAUUGGGGGGAUGAAGGCUGACCUGCGGACCCUCAAACAGCUGGCCAUGAACUCUAUCAGGUACAGCACCCUGUUGGAGACGGAGAAAAAUACUUUCAUGGAAAUCUGGAAGAAGAGAUGGGAUAAGUUCAUAGUGGAUGUGGCUACAAAGUGAGGAGAAGCUAGCCAGCCCUCCACAAGCUGUCUUCUCACACCCACUGUCACUGCCUCUCAUUCGUUCUUGAAUCAGCUCCAUGUCCCCAUCAAAUCAACGGCCUCUGUGUGGAGCGACGGUGUCAGAAGCACUUGGCUGGCUGACCAAAGUCAUCCUCUGGAAAUAUUCUCUCUCAAUCACAGUGACAUUGACCCUCUUGGUUUUCUCCUCUCUCUGGCCAUUUCUUCCAGUUUCCCUAUUUCAGAGUCUCUUCCUCUCUCUGAUCUCUGUGCUGUUUCCUCAGGACUCAGUCCUGGGCUCUCUUCUAUUCUGGUCUCUUUAUUUUUUUAUUUGAAAAAUUUUUUUGAGAUGGAGUUUUGCUCUUUUUGCCCAGGCUGGAGUGCAGUGGCGCGAUCUCGGCUCAGUGCAACCUCCGCCUCCCGGGUUCAGGCAAUUCUCCUGCCUCAGCCUCCUGAGUAGCUGGGAUUACAGGCAUGUGCCACCACACCCAGCUGAUUUUUGCAUUUUUAGUAGAGACAGGUUUUCACCAUGUUGGUCAGGAUGAUCUCGAUCUCUUGAAUUCGUGAUCUGCCCACCUCUGCCUCCCAAAGUGCUGGAAUUACUGGCUGAGCCACCAUGCCUGGCCUCUUCUGGUCUCUUUAACUCUCUCCUCUUUAUUUCUCUUCUCUCUCUGUACUCUUUUCCUGGGUGGUCUCAUCCAUUCCUUUGCUUUCUCAUACCAUUUAUUUGUUAAUGAUUCCCACAUUGAUUUAUGCACUUAGAGAGCUCACAGGAAUCUCAGAAACUGACGAGGUACAAUUCUGGACCCUCAGUCUCUUCCCUUUAAACCUUUCUUUUUCUCUAUCUUAAUUUUUCUAAAGAGUGUCUUGCUACGUUGCCCAGGCUGGUCUCCAUCUCCUGGCCUCAAGUGAUCCUCCUGCCGCAGUCUCCUGAAGUGCUGGAUUACUGACAUGAGCCACCACACUUAGCCCUUUAAACCUUUCCCUGGCCUUUCCCAUAGCUGGUGAAGGACACCUCCAUCUGUUCCACCCAGUUGCUCAAAGCAGAAAU